CCUAGCUCUGGAGGGUGGGAGGGUACAGUGAGGUUGAAGAAUUUUUGGUGUCUCCACUGGUGUUUUGAAGAUGUCAGAGGAAGGUGGCUUCCCCUCGAAGCGACCACGCCUUGAAAGAGACAACACUUUAAUUACAAACAAUAACAGUGAAUCAGAUGUCCCAUCGACCAGUGGGGUUGUAGUGGCUGGUUGUUCUACAUCUCAGGAAGUGUGUAAACAAAGCCAUUCUGUACCAAGAAACUGUGCUUUAGAGAGGGAGUCACCCAUUGGUCAGCCUGUGCCAACAUUAUCCAAUCAGGGUAAUGCUGCCGAAUCACCUGCCAAUGAGGGACCAGGACAGAGUAGAGCAAUGGGUAUGACGGAGGGUGAAACAAUACAACAAGUUGCUUCUCCUUCCUCAAGUCAAGAUCACACUGAAGAGACCAAUGAAAGCACUGUGACCCAGCCUUCAACAGCAAAUGAAAUCACAGACUCAGACAAAGCAGCCAAUCAGAAACCAGGACAGCCAGCCAAUGAGGUUACAGAAUCACCUUUUGCAGAAGUUGUCACAGUGGACAGGUCCAUUGCAAUGAAAUUCCUUCAGAUUGAGGCAAACUUGUGCGAGACACUGAGACACCUCGUGUUUCGGGAUCCGGUCACACAUUUGUACAAUCCUCUGGACUACGCACGUGAGACACACAAGGACUAUGUCAUGAAGUACUGCUGUUCUCACAAAGAUGUGCUGUUCUUGGGGAUGAACCCUGGUCCUUUUGGGAUGGCACAGAAUGGGGUUCCUUUUGGUGACACUACGUUUGUGAAGAACUUCCUGCAGAUCAGUGGGAAGGUGAACCCCCCAGUUGUCCAGCACCCAAAACGACCCAUCACCGGCCUGGACUGCACCCAUAGCGAGGUGAGCGGCACUCGUUUCUGGGGCCUUUUCAGUUCGCUCUGCAAAACGCCCCAGAACUUCUUCCGGCGCUGUUUCGUGCACAACUACUGCCCGCUCGUGUUCAUGACCAAAACGGGGAAGAACGUCACCCCGCCGAGUUUGCACGUAACACAGCGAGAGCCAUUGCUAAGCGCGUGCGACACCGCCCUGGUCGAGGUCAUCCGAUUGCUCCAGGUGAAAACGAUCGUUGGCGUGGGAAGGUUCGCACAAGAGCGGGCUCAGUACGCGUUGAAAAUGGCGGGGUUGAAUAUUCCAGUUUUGUUCAUAAUGCAUCCGAGCCCUAUCAACCCCCAGGCCAACAAAGGAUGGGCUGCACAGAUGAUGGUUGAGUUUGAAGAGUUAGGCAUUAUGAGGUACCUAGUACCUACGUCUACAGGUUAGGCAGAUAGGCAACCACUACACAAGCUUCAUACUUGUUAGGCAGUAAGGUUAACUGUUUUACUGUCGAGGUUUCUCUUAAUAGUCUUAGGCUUUAUUCGGGACAGAGAAAAAAUUAAAGGGAUCAAAUUUAUGAAGAUGAAGCCAAGUUUGGCUUAUACUUAUGUAAGCAAUGAUUAUUUUAGUUUCUUGUAAUAUUGUUUUGUUUCAUAUUCUAUAUGAUUAUAGCCAUUUUUAUUUUAUAUAUUCAUUGAUACUAAAGAAAUAUUUAAUUCCUGUUGUUGACAUCUUUAUCAUACAUUUAAAUAUUUCAACGUCAUACACAUAUGAUAAGAUUGUGUUUUUUCACCUAUAACUUAUUUCAGAACAUGUGCUGGUUAAGAACCAUGAAUUUGACUUUACAAAAAUCCUUAUCAAAUCACUAAGACAGAGAGAAAGAUUUCUUCAAUUUUUCCCCCAGACCUGUUUCAUUGAAAUGUUCGAAUUCUUUCUUGUGAAACAGCAAAGUGUUCUCUAGAAUGUAGCUUAAAAAACAGGUCCCAGGCCUCAGCACAGCUGGAUAUGAGGAGGUUGACUGUCCUCAUAAACAUGGCAGUCACCUUGACCCUUGUGGUGACCUCUGACCUCCGCAUGUCAGAGAGAAUUUUGCCGGAGAUAUAUUUCAGCUGUACAGACUGUAUUAGUCUCUUAGUCAGUUAGGCAGGAUUGACAAUGCACAGUCCAGGGCCUGACUAGUUAGUCACUUUCUUUCUACAUACACUUCUAGAUCUGAUGUAGAAGAACUGUUACAAAAAGGCAAGGUCAUAAAAUUGUGUUUCAAAAGUUAACAUCUUUGAUAAUGAUUUCCCUUGUUGGAAAAAUUUUGGUUGAAUUGUGUUUACAAUUGUUCAGCUGGUACCUGCAUUGAAUUGUAACAGUAAGAUCUAUCAGAGAAUUAUGUGGCCAUGUUAGAGUACAUACAUGUACAUGUGUAUCACCGGCACUAUAUUGUCACAAAGCCUCAUUGAUGAAACAUAAAAAAGCAGAAUUAUACCAUCUUAGAUAAAUGUUUUGCAGAAUGACAUGUUUUGUCAAAAAAGAUACCUACAUUACCAACUUGAGGACAGACCUGGAGUCAAAAUCAAUUGUUUUCCUAUCAAAGUGUACAUGUACAAAAAAAAACUUAGGUUGAUACUUAAAAUUGAUUUCUGUGAAUUUUUGCUACCACUAUAUAACUCCAUGUCGGAAAAGAAUGACACCAAAAGUCAUGCUCCUGUGUUAUUAUCAGAUUGUUGCUG